CGCCGUGGAUUGCCCCGCAGUCGAGCGCCAUCCCGGCAUCAUGUGGUUUGCGCGGGCGAGCAAGUGUUUGUUAAGCAAGGUCGACCGCAGCAGCAACAGCAGCGGCGGCGGCGGCGGCAACGGCCGCUCGCUCCAGCGAUGGGCAGCAAAGCGUUUGUACACAGAAUCGCCAGGGCGAUCCUGCAAUCAACUUUCGCGAGAUCACAUGCGACGCAGCUACGCGCUCAUGAUGGAAAAGUGCAAGUCGAAAAAAUUGCCGCAAGAUGUGAACCCACAAGGAGUAUUCGCCUGCAACGAACUCGACCUGAGGGAAGUGCAAGUCUACGGUUUCGAUUACGAUUACACGCUCGCCUGCUACAAGCCAAGCAUGGAUUAUCUACUCUACAAUUUAGGCCGUGAUAUGCUCAUCAAAAAAUACAAGUAUCCCGAAGGCAUCGCAGAUCUGGAAUACAACAAAGACUUUGCAGUGCGAGGUUUGCAUUACGACAUCGAGAAAGGAUUACUGUUGAAACUCGAUAGUUUCCUUCAGAUUCAGCUUGGCGCUGUGUACAGAGGCUUGCAUCCGGUACCCGAUGAGGAAGUACUUCGAUUGUACAAAAAUCGAAUAAUUCCAAUCGCUUAUGUUGAGACUCCGUACAAACAUUCGCACGAUGGCGUACAUCACACUAAAAUGGUUCAGUUAGCCGAUCUGUUCUCCGUCCCGGAAAUGGGUCUACUUUGCAAUGUCACCGAGUACUUUCUCCAGAAUCACAUCGAUUUCCAUCCUGAAAUUCUCUUUAGAGACGUGAAGAACUCGGUGCAAAGCUGCCAUCCCGUAAUGCACAAACUCGUAGCCGAGAAAGUCUCGGAUUACCUCGAGCAAACAAAAGAUCUCAAGAAGUUCUUCGAUCGAUUACAAGACGCCAACAAGAAAAUGUUUCUCGUCACUAAUAGUCCUUUUCAUUUCGUGGACAAGGGUAUGAGAUUUUUGGUUGGCGACGAUUGGAAAUUGUAUUUCGACGUGGUAAUCGUGCAGGCGCGAAAGCCACGUUUUUUCACAGAAGAAUCGCGGCCUCUACGCGUAUACGACGAGAAAAACGAAACGCAGCUGUGGGACCGCGUUACCAAGUUGGAGAAAGGUGUCAUUUACCUUGAGGGCACAGUAAAACAACUGCAAGAUACUACAGGUUGGCGUGGACAUCAGGUGUUGUAUUUCGGUGACCAUCCCUACAGCGACUUGGCCGAUGUUACACUCGAGCAUGGAUGGAGGACGGGUGCCAUCAUUAAGGAGCUCGCGCACGAGAUCGAGACGUUGAACGACCCGAAGUUCAAGCUGGACGCGAACUGGUUGCAAAUGUUAACCUGCUUAAUCGAGGAUCAUCAGAACGUGGACGGACCGGAAGCGGAAGCCGAGCUGCUGGAUUGGAUUCAAGAGCGCGAUCGAUUGCGCCAGGACAUCAAACGAGUCUUUAACCAACAGUUCGGCUCGGUCUUUCGUACCUAUCACAAUCCCACUUACUUCUCGAGGCGGCUCUUUCGUUUUGCCGACAUCUACAUGAGCUCGAUCACGAACCUGUUGUGCUACUCCACUAGCCACACUUUCUAUCCGCGACGGGGUGUCAUGCCGCACGAAUACACCAGCUAUUUCAUGUAAAAACGCGACACCUAUUGUUCUCAAGACUUUUUUUUGUUUUCUUGAUUGGAAUGUUUACUUUCGCGAGGCUGUCGCUGCAGAGAUAUGAUUUUUUGCGUGCUUUAUUCGCGGUUGUAUUCUCGUUAUACGAGAAUCGUAAGAAAAAUGAGUCUUGAAAACCCGCGUGCGCGCUUUAAUUUUGAACGUCACGUACGGAGAAAAUCUUAAAAAAAAAGACGAACGAAAGUUCAAGUAUAUCAGUUAAACGAGUCAUCACUGUUAAAAGAACGUAGCGUACAUAAAGAAACGAUUGUCAAUAUAAAAAUCAAUGUAUACCAUAUCGACUGAACGAAGUAACGAAGUGUUAUUUCUUUAAUCAAGCUAAGUAGCAAAUUCGAUUAUGCCGGAGCGAAUCUCGUAGAAUAAUCAAGCCUAUAGUCUGGAAGAGCUUACCGCCCGAGUAUUUUUGCGCGUGUAAUUAGUUGGAGAGUACGAAAUUCGUUUCUUUUCGUUCUCCUUAGAGUAAAUGUUCAUGAAAAAAGAAAGUAUACGAUGUGCUUUAAGAUAAUGUUCACUCUGAAAAAAGUUUUAUCGUAAGUGCCAUGUCGAAGAACAGACAAUAGAUAGCAAAUUUAAAAAAUAAUAACUAAAUGCAUGAACAUAGGAAAAUAUAAAUAAUAACGAUGUAUAUUUUAGGUGUUAUAUAAUGGGAACUGAGUUCCUCGCUAUUGAAAUAAUCUAUAGUUUAUUCGCAUUUGUUCGCGAGUAAGACAGAGAAUAUAUUUUUCGAGAGAAAUAGUCAUUGUAAUUGCAUUGAUCGUAAACGAUAUAUUAUCCAAAUGACUGUCGAAAAAACGGCGAUUAUUUAUCGCAACCUUCAUGUGGCGAAGAAAGUCGAGUUUGAAAAAUGUCAAAAUUGAUUGAUAUAAGUAUAUAACGAUGUAACAAAGAGAACAAGUGCAAAAACAAAACAAUACUACGGAAGAUAAGA